AUGACCAGUGAAGAGCUAUACGAGGAUGAUAAGUUCCCUGCCCCCCAAUUAGCAGCAUUAGUUGCGUCGAAAGUCUACUAUAACUUGGGCGAGUUUAAUGCUUCUAUGAGGUUUGCUCUUGUGGCUGGAGACAAGUUGGAUCUAUCACAACAAUCGGAAUAUGUUGAAACAAUUAUUUCCAAGUGUUUGAGUCAUUAUAUAUCAGUCAGUCAGAAACUCCAUGAUAUUCCUAAGGAGAACUUAACUGACGAGGAGAAAGUCAUUGAUCCUAAAUUGGUGGCUGUUGCUGAGAAAAUGCUUAAGAGAUGCAUUGACAAUGGGGACCACAAACUGGCUCUUGGCGUUGUCUUGGAGGCCAGACGAUUAGAUAUUAUUGAGUCUAUACUGAAGAAUGCGGGUAACGCAGUCGAUGCUACUGGUGACGAAACAACUACCUCAGCUUUGGCCCAGUAUGUUUUAGAUUGCUCAAUUAGCCUUGUUUCAAACAGAGAAUUCCGUAACAAAGUAUUGCAUAUGCUUGUAGGAAUUAUAUUGGAUACCGAAAAUGCUGAUUAUUUUGCCAUUUCAAAGAUUAUUGUCCAACUAAAUGAUUCCAAUCUGGCUCUUCGACUUUUUAAGGAUUUGCUGAGCAAUGCCAAACUAGACGAUACUAAGCGAUUAAUUGCUUAUCAGGUGGCAUUUGAUUUGGUUGCUUCUGCUCCUCAACAACUUCUGGAGAGUGUUGCUAAUGAUUUGACUACUUUUAACGGCGCAGACAAACAGGAAGGUGGAGCUAAUUAUUAUGAUAAGCUCAUUAAGAUCUUAUCAGGAGUGCCAACUUGCGACUUGAAUAUUACUUUUCUACAGAAGCAUAAUAACACAGAUCUCUCCAUUCUAAACAAAACCAAGAACCAAUUGGACGGUCGGAACUCGAUUUUCCACUCCGCAGUUACGUUUGAGAAUGCUUUUAUGCAUGCUGGUACCACUGCUGAUGGAUUCUUCAGAUCAAAUUUAGAAUGGCUAUCGAAAGCAACCAACUGGACAAAGUUUUCUGCUACUGCAGCUCUUGGCGUUAUUCAUCAGGGCAAUCUGUCGCAAGGAAGACGUAUCCUUCAGCCUUAUUUGCCUGGCAGCCAAGGUUCUUGUUAUUCUCAAGGAGGUAGUCUUUUUGCACUGGGUUUGAUAUUUGCGGGACACGGCAGAGAGGUUGUCGAUUACCUUCGUCAGCAUAUUACUGAUGGUGGAGUAGGUAGUUCACAAAAUAGUGAGGCCGAGGUUGUACUUCAUGGUGCCGCUUUGGGUGUUGGUGUAGCUGGUAUGGCUAGUGGAAACGUCGAGGUUUAUGAAGAACUUCGUAAUAUUUUGUUCUCUGACUCGGCAAUUGCCGGUGAGGGUGUAGGUUUGGCUAUGGGUCUUGUAAUGGCUGGCGGUUCGGGUAGUAGCGAUGCCUCACUGUCUAGAGACGCUGCUGAUUCAGCACAAGCAGAGAUGUUGCAAUAUGCCCACGACACCCAGCAUGAGAAAAUUAUUAGAAGUUUGGCUAUUGGUAUCGCUGUCCUUAAUUAUGCUAAGGAAGAGGCCGCAGAUGUCGUUAUUCAACAGCUUAUUUCUGAACAAGAUCCUAUCUUGAGGUAUGGCGGUGCUUUCACAAUUGCUCUUGCCUAUGCUGGUACAGGAAAUAAUAAAGCAAUCAAGCUGUUAUUGCAUAUUGCUGUAUCUGAUGCUAGUGAUGAUGUUCGAAGAGCUGCUGUCAUGGGCUUGGGAUUCAUUCUUCUUCGCAAUCACACUGCCGUACCAAGGAUGGUAGAGUUAUUAUCAGAAUCGCAUAAUCCUCAUGUCCGAUACGGAACUGCUAUGGCUCUUGGUAUUUCAUGUGCUGGCACUGGCUUGAAGCAAGCAAUUGAUGUCCUUGAACCGAUGAUGAAGGAUCCCGUUGAUUUUGUUCGUCAAGGUUCCAUGAUUGCCCUUGCAAUGAUUCUUAUCCAACAAAAUGAAAAGCUCUCACCGAAGGUUAAACAAAUUCAACAAGCCUUUGCCAAGGUCAUUUCUGCCAAACAUGAAGACGCUAUGGCUAAAUUUGGAGCUGCUCUUGCUCAAGGUAUUAUUGAUGCCGGAGGACGUAAUGUUACUAUCUCAUUAGAGCACCAACAGACAGGCAACCUCAACAUGAAGGCGGUUGUUGGUUUAGCAGUAUUUGUUCAAUUCUGGAACUGGUUCCCACUAGCACACUUUUUAUCAUUAGCAUUCACUCCGACUGCUAUUGUUGGCGUUCGCGAGGACCGCAAAGUUCCAAAGUUCAAUUUCAACUGUCAUGUUAACCCCAAACUCUUUGGAUAUCCUGCGAAGGUCGAGGAACAGAACGAGAAGGCCCCCGAGAAGGUCGUGACAGCCAUUCUGUCAACUACCAUCAAGGCUAAGCACAGAGCUCGCAAGACAAAUGAGGCUAAGAAGAAGAUGAAGCAAGAGGUGGGUGGUGAUUCUGGCGAUGAGUCUGAUGGUGAAAAGGAUGUAAAGAAAGAUUCUGAACAGGAGGACGAAAGCAAGAUGGACGUUGAUGCUACUAGUGCUGGUAUAAAUGCUGGAAAGGAGGAUUUGACAUUAUCAAAUACCACUAUUGAUGAUGGUAACAAUGAUUCGGCUAUUGUUAAUGAUGAAUUUGAUCAGUUUUGCGAUAGCAUUCAAAAAUCAAGCCGUAGGGUCUAUAAGGUAGAGAACAUGUCAAGAGUUUUACCAUCGCAACUGAAGUAUAUUUCGUUUGACAAGGAGGGAAGAUUUGUGCCCAUUCGUAAAUUUCGAGGAGUUGGUGGUGUUAUUGUGGUUACUGACAAUGCGCCAAAGGAGCCAGUUGAAAUUAUUAAGACCGUUCGACAAAUUAAUUCUCCGGAUGAUGAUGAAGACGAUGAGGCGCCGUUGCCGGAGCCGUUUGAGUACAUUCCGGAAGAAAAUGAAGAGUAG